AGAGGACAAAGAUACGUCGCUUACUUUAGUAUUUCCGAGCGCGCGCCACAGGUGAGCGGGCAUGGCGGGCGGCGUGGGGUGCACCAAGUGAGUGGGUGGGGCUGAUAGACUGAGAAGUGUGGGAGGGUGGAUCGUCCCUUUUUUUUUUUCUUUUUUCAUUUUCCCUUCUUCUCUGUGGGAUUUUUCACGAGGACCACUUCCUCAAUUUCAGUUUUCAGAUGCCGACAGAUGUGCCAGAGGAAGACAGACUCUGCACCAAUGAGGACAAGACAAAGUGUGAGAGCAUGACUCUGUCCAGCACCCCGACUGUCCGCAGAGGAAGCACCCCUCUGCCCAUAAAGCACCAGCUCAGACGUGAGGAGGCGGUCCAUGAUGACGCAGACUGGGCCUCGGGUGCAGCGGGUCCCUCGGCCUCUCCAGUCCGGUUCAGCCCGGCCUUAGAUGAUUCUCUGACCAUCACUGUGGAGGGCAGGUCCGGCUGCGGCCCACUGAGGAUCGCUCUGCUCGGGCAGAAUGGGGUGGGGAAGUCCUCUCUCGCUAUGGCCCUGGCUGGAGACAUGGACAGAACUGCAUCUGUGGAUUCUGAUGGGGAGGGUUAUGUGCGCACAGUCACAGUCGAUGAUGAGGACAGCACCAUCGUUAUUUAUGACAACUGGAGACAGGACCUGUCCAUGCUGCAGUGUGAGGUUUGUGUGCUGGUGUUUUCAGUCACAGACAGACGAAGUUUCCACCGCACGGCUCAACUGCGACUGCUCCUUAGAGAGACCCAGCCCCAAACUCCCAUAAUCCUUGUGGGCAAUAAGAGUGACCUAGUGAGGUCCAGAGAGGUUACAGCUCAAGAGGCCAUGUCCAGUGCUGCCCUCUACAACUGCCUGUAUUUGGAGAUCUCUGCCUCUCUGGACCACAGGACACCGGAGCUGCUGGAGUGUGCAGUGCGAUUAGCGAGGGGUCAGUCCCCUUGGCCACCGGGGACAAGUGUGGAAGACAUGAGCGGAGGAGGCCAAAAAGAGAGCAUCACGUCCCGGGCCAAACGCUUCUUGUCCAGUCUCGUCCCACGCUACCCCAAAGAGCGCGAGGUGGGCAAGUUUCUGAGGCAAAAAUCACGCUCGUGCCAUGAUCUUGGAGCCCUGUAAUAAUAAAUGGCAAUAGUAAGCUAAGAAUGUAGUAGACAAAUAUAGACUAUACAGCAAUCUGGCAUAGCAUUAUGACGACUGACAGGAGAUGUAAGAAAAUACUGUUAAUAGGCAAGCGCACAGUUUGAGUUUGACCAGUUAUGAUGGCUUAUGAUGGCUAGACAAGUGGGCCCAAUCUUCAGUAUUUCCAGUAUGCAGUAAUAUUUAGAAACUGUGCUAAACUGGCAACAAGGUUAUACACAUUGAGGGUAAUGAAGUAAGUUAGUUGUUGGUUCUGAGAUUGAGAGAAUCAGUUGCACAUACUAUGUCAGUGGUUCCCAAACAGUGGUAUAUACCCUCCCUAGGUCCUCCUUGUGCAUAAAACUUGUAAAUAUUCCCCAUCUGUUUGCAUUAAUUAUCCAAAACUCUGCGUUUCUUUGAGCCCGUUGGCUAAAUCCAGAGUUGUAUUUUCUUACAUGAAACAAUCUGUGAACAGCUGCACGCGUAGUCCAGUAAAUAUGUCUGUGUAAUCCUUCAGUAGUCCAAGGAUGAUACAUAGGAAAAUAAAAAUUCUAUUGUGUCAACUGGACAAGAGUUUUAGCAAACAACAAAGCAAUGUGAUCUACUCCAUUCAGUGUAGUGAAGACUUCAGUGUGCGUUAUACUGGAGAAACAACACACAACACACUCCAUAAGAGAAUGUACAAGCACCAUGGCAAGAGCAGCUCGGGACCUCAAUCUCCUGAACAUCUCCAUCUCAAAGCAACUAACCACUCUUUUAAAGAUAGUGAGAUACAGAUCUUAGCCAAAGAAAAGAAAUGGUUUGAGAGGGGAGUUGAGGCAUUUUUGUUAGGAACAACAGUCCAUGUUUGAUCAGGAGCUUAUACAUAAUUUAUUUCUUAUUUAUAACUGCAUCCUCAGAACUAAAUCAAACCAAGGACAACAAUAGUGAUAGCCAGCAUGUUAAUAGGUGUGUGCACCUAUUAGGGGCCUGUAUGAUGCAAAUAUGACUCAGGCACAGUUCAAUACACUUGGCUAACAAACAGAAACUGUAAUCAAAUAGGUGUAUUAGUUUCAGCGUAGUUAGGUCCUUCCCUUCAGAUGGAUGUAAGGCAGUAUCCACCAGGUACACAACAACUACACUACAAAGAGUUUGGGAACCACUGUACUGGGUUAUAUAUUAAGCACAUGGGGCUUACAAUCUUCCCACUGCUACAAAUAGACAGGCGACCAUAAUGUUUUGCUUGAUUAGCCCUAUGGGACCAGUUUACACUGACAGAGAGAGAGACAAAAUGUACAUGUUGACAGCCAGAGACAAAAGUGUGAUUAUAAACUUGAUAUGUCAUGGGGACGCAGUUAUGAAUGUGCAUAGUAGAAUCAAUACUAUAGUAAUGAUUGUUAUAAUUUAUGAUGAUGAUGUAAUUUAUGAUUAAUGUUUCUUACGAGAGCAAAUGGAUAAUUGUUGUAGACCAUAUGUAAAUAUAGUAGUUAUAGGCCUACUAAUGUUCCACCCUCAAAAUAAAAAAAUGCUUUUCUGAAUCUGGGAGUGUCAUCAUUUUUAGUCAAAGUGCCAAUGGCCAUAGACAGCACAGGCCAGAUCACACAUCAAAUCUCAUUAGUGAGUUGGCUGGUGAUUCAUGUUGUUUUACUCUCUGCAGUUCUGGUAUCCAAGACAAUUGUAAGGUCCAAAAUGCUCUAAAAGGUUCAGAAUAAAAAUAUAAUUGGAGACAGAGACAAUGUUUGGUGUAUAUGGGCCAAUUGUUGCCAGGUUACAGUCGCCUUGGAAACACAGAUGUAGGUUUUUAUGUUUUAUAUUUUUGAAUGCACAGAUAAUAAACAUGCUUCAAUAAGUGCAACCAACUGCAUUUUCUAGGCAUGAAAGUCAGGUUAAAAUUCAGUUGCAGAGGAAUACAUAUCCACUAUCAUACCACACUCUACCCUCGGCAUUUCCUCCCACUGCCACCCACACACAAGCCAAGAUUCAUCAUCAGAGGUUGUUAAAGCCAUGAUUGAAAGUCUUAUGAAAAAACCCUAUAAUAGAACUGAAAUGAAAUCAAAUUGUGCCAUGCAGUGAGUCAUUCCCUUGGCAAAAAAAAUUACUGGUACGAAUUUAAAAGGUUAAAUUUGCCCCUAGCCAAACAAGUCUUUGAGCUCCCUCUAGUGGCAUUACUUCUGUG